AUGGAGGCAUUGGGUAAUGUAUUGGGCGUGGAAACCGAAAAACUGUUGGCAUAUGAAGAUUCGGAACUGGAAACUGAUUACCAAACGGCCUAUUUGACCAAUUGUCGUGAUCAAAGAUUUCAAGCAAACAAUAGCCUCUGGAAGGAGCUGGAGAGACUACGGGAAAAGCAUGUCAAGGUCCAAUAUACGGUUGAAGAAGUAAUCCCGCCCUUGCGUGAAUACAUUCAGCGAUUUAACCAGCAAUUGUCCGAAUUUACUAGUGAUUUGGGAUUUAUCAGGAAUAAAUCAUCUGAGCUAAAGUCACUACUCGAAUACAACUCUACUAAAUUGGCGAACGUUAGUCCUCUAGUGAAUGAUCUCAUUAUCCCCCCCAAUGUAAUAAAUGAAGCUGUUCAUGGCAAAAUAAAUCAAUCAUGGCUCGACUGUAUCGACUUUUUAAAGGAUAAACAAGAGAUUUAUGCCAAAUACCAAAACUCUGAUGAUACUGCAAAACCAAAGGAUUUCGAUGAAUUGUGUAAGGUACUGGAGUACUUAAGAGUAGUGGUAUUGGAAAGGUCGCGGCGUUUCAUAAUACAUCAAAUCAAGCUGUUACGGAGUCAUCAGCCAGUCCCCUCGCAACAAAUCCAGCAAAGAAUGAUGCAAGUCCGCGAGAUAUUUCAAUUCAUAGUAAAGAACAAUCAUUCUUUGGCCCUCGAACUAAGACAAGCUUAUGCGUAUAGCAUGAGGUGGUACUACAAAGCAUACUUUUCGCGGUAUAUUAGAUCCCUGACGAUUCUACAAUUUAAAACCAUUGACUCACAAUAUGCCCUGGGAAACGGACUUACGAAUACGUCAGUGAACAGAUCCAGUGCGUACGGGCUUUCCAGUUAUCUCUCCACUAACUAUGGAAGAUCGGCAGGACCUGUGACGGACGAUUCGAUCCAAGAAUAUUUCCAAGUAGAUAAGAGAAUCUCACUUUUAACUCAGGAAGAUAAUACGGUCAUGGUCUCACAAAUUGCAGAGAACAACACAAUGCAAAACUACAUCGAGGUUGGUUUCAAGAACUUAAAUCUAGCCAUACUGGACAAUUGUAGAGUCGAAUUGACAUUUCUAGCAAAGUUCUUCCAGAUUGGUGACAAUGAAGAGGAAGUGAAAGGUAUUAUAGAGCAGAUUUUUCAACCAACCUUUGCUGAAGCGCUUGAAUACACCAAGCAUCUUAUUCAAAAGACAUACGAUAUUUUUGGUAUUUUGAUAAGUAUCAGGGUCGUACAGCAACUACAGUUUGAGUCCCAGAAACAUGAUCUCUCCGCGGUAGGAGAUUUUUUAAGCAGCCAGCUCAUGAUUCUUUGGCCCAAAUUCCAACAACUCGUAGACUUUCAAUGCGAGAGUUUACGCAAAGUUCCUAUAACGACAACCGUAGCAAAAAUUUAUGGAAACCCAAACCAUAGAGAUCCUCUGACGACCCCUCAUGAAUUGACCGUUCAAUUCUCACGCUUUUUGACAAGUUUCCUCAAGUUGGCAACUACCCACAAAGAGCAAAUUGACGAGAGAUCUGAACCGUUAUACAACUCCAUUACUCGGUUAAGAAAUGAUUUCGAGACUGUCAUGACUAAAUGUAGCAAGAGAGUCAAGUCACCGGAAAGAUUACUUGCGACAAAUUACAUGUUCCUUUACAACUCCAUACAGCAUCAGCACAUUCAUGAAAGCGACUCAGAAGCACUACCACUAAUUGUGAGGGAGACUGAAGACCAUUUCAAAGCUCUGGUUGAAGCCUUUAGUAGAGUCACAUGA